AUGCUUUCUCUAGUACCCAAAAUUCAAAAUGAUUCUGAAAUAUUGCAGAAUCCUCGUUACAUUGCUCUUGAUUUGCAGCCUAGCAGUUCCCACGAUGAGGUUAAGGAAGUUGUGUCCUACUCCAUUGACCCCCAUGUUGAUGGUAAGAAGCUGACAGAGAUGGUGAAGAAUAAAGAUUUGCUUUCUCUUGGCCUUCUUGCAGGAGUUGAAGGUGUGGCCACGGCUCUUGGGACAAAUCCCGAAAAGGGAAUCAACGGUGACAAUGAAGAUAUUAGUAAGAGGUCUCAACUUUUUGGCAGUAAUACUUAUCAUAAGCCACCUCCAAUUAUAUAUUUUGUUAUGGAUGCUUUUAAAGAUACCACCAUUCUUAUCCUUCUUGUGUGUGCUGCUCUGGCUCUUGGUUUCGGCAUUAAAGAGCAUGGGGUGGAAGAAGGUUGGUAUGAAGGUGGAAGUAUAUUUGUAGCUGUGUUUCUGGUUGUUGUUCUGUCAGCUCUCAGCUACUACAGACAAGCAACUCAAUUUGAUAAGCUAUCAAAAAUAAGCAAAAAUAUCAAAGUUGAAGUUGUUAGAGACGCUCGUCGUCAACAAAUCUCCAUAUUUGAGCUUGUGGUUGGAGAUGUUGUGUUCCUCAAGAUUGGUGAUCAGAUUCCUGCAGAUGGCUUGUUCUUGGAUGGAUAUUCUUUGCAAGUAGACGAGUCGAGUAUGACAGGGGAGAGUGAUCAUGUUGAAGUUGAUUCCGAACAUAAUCCUUUCUUGUUCUCCGGAUCAAAAGUAGCAGAUAGAUGUGCUCAAAUGCUUGUCGUGUCUGUCGGGAUGAACACGCAAUGGGGUGAAAUGAUGAGCUCAAUAUCCGGUGAUUCAAAUGAAAGAACUCCAUUACAAGCUCGGCUUGAUAGACUAACUUCCUCUAUCUGGAGGGAAGGCCUUUUACAAGCACUCGUUGUUCUUGUCUUUCUAGUAGUUCGCUAUUUUAGCGGCAAAACAAAAGAUGAGCACGGAAAGAAGUAUAAUGGUAGUAAAACAGAUUUUGGUGAUGUUUUCAAUUCUGUCGCUUAUAUUGUUGCAGCUCCAGCUAGCAUUUUGGUAGCGACCAUCCCAGUAGGCUUACCGUUGGCUGUAAAUCUCACACUUGCUUUUUCAAUGAAGAGAAUGAUGGCGGAUCAGGCAAUGGUAAGAAAACUUUCGGCUUGCGAAACAAUGGGCUCAGCCACUGUUUUUUGUACAGACAAAACAGGCACACUGACAUUAAAUCAGAUGAAAGUUACAAAAUUUUGGCUUGGCCAAGAACCCAUUGAAGAAGAAUCUUAUAAUGUAGUUGCUUCAGAUAUUCAUGAACUAUUUUACCAAGCAGUUGGUUUGAACACAACUAGUAGUGUUUCCAAACUUGUUUAAGGAUUCGUACCUAAAUUUUCUGGUAGUCCAACCGAGAAAGCCAUUCUUUCAUGGGCUGUUCAGGAAUUGGGUAUGGACAUGGAAAAAGUGAAUCAAAGAUACACCAUUCUCCAGUUUGAAACCUUUAACUCAGCGAAGAAACAAAGCGGGGUUUCAAUUAGGAAAAAUGCUGAUAACAAAAUUCAUGUACACUGGAAAGGAGCUACUGAGAUGAUCCUAGCUAUGUGUUCACACUAUUAUGAGAGCAAUGGGAUCGUAAAGACUAUGGAUGAAGAUGAGAGGAGGAAAAUGGAAAAUAUAAUCCAUGGAAUGGCAGCAAAUAGCCUGAGAUGCAUUGCCUUUGCUCACAAGCGAAUUUCAGAAGAAGAAUUGGAGUACAAUGAAGACAGGAAGACCUAUCUAAAGCUGAAAGAAGAUGGCUUGACUUUCUUGGGAAUCGUUGGUCUCAAGGAUCCAUGUCGACCAAGGGUCAAGGAAGCCGUGGAAAUUUGAAAAUCAGCUGGAGUUGACCUCAAAAUGAUCACUGGGGACAAUGUCUUCACAGCAAAAGCUAUAGCCACAGAGUGUGGAAUUCUUACGUGGGAUGACCAAGUUGAAAAUGGGCAGGUGGUAGAAGGCAGAGAAUUUCGUAACUAUACAGAUGAAGAGAUAAUAGAGAAGGUGGACAAGAUACGGGUGAUGGCAAGGGCUUCUCCGUUUGACAAACUUUUGAUGGUAAAAUGUUUGAAAAGGAAAGGUCAUGUGGUUGCAGUAACUAGCGAUGGAAUGAAUGAUGCCCCUGUGCUAAAGGAAGCUGAUAUAGGACUUUCCAUGGGAAUUCAAGGCAUAGAGGUAGCCAAGGAAAGCUCAGAUAUCGUCAUAUUAGAUGAUAACUUCACUUCCGUGGUAAUAUUACUACGGUGGGGAAGAUGUGUUCAUAAGAACAUCCAAAAAUUCCUUCAGUUUCAACUGACUCUUAAUGUUGCAGCUCUGUUCAUCAACUUUAUUUUAGCUGUUUCUCAUGGUGAGGUUCCUCUAAAAGUAGUUCAAUGGCUGUGGGUGAACCUUAAGAUGAGCCCACUAGGAGCUCUAGCACUGGCUACAGAGAGGUCAAGUAAUGAGUUAAUGAGGAGAUCUCCCUUGGGCUGUAAAGAACCCAUAAUAACAAACAUUAUAUGGAGGAAUAUUUAACUACCAGCCGUAUAUCAGAUAGCAGUUGUAUUGACUUUACAAUGGAAGGGCGAGACCAUCUUUGGAGUGAGUCCUGAGGUAAAUAAUACAAUGAUUUUCAAUAUUUUUGUUCUUUGCCAAGUUUUCAACGAGUUCAAUGAGAAGUUGGAGAAAAAGAACGUAUUUGAAGGCAUUCACAAGAACCGAUUGUUCCUUGGAAUUGUGGGAAUAACUAUAGUUCUUCAGGUGGCGAUGGUUGAGUUCCUAAAGAAGUUUGCUGACACAGAGAGAUUGAAUUGGAAGAAAUGGGUGUAUUGUACUGUAAUAGCAGUCGUCACAUGGCCAAUUGGGUGCAUGAUAAAGUUGAUACCUGUUGCAGAGCGGCCUUUCUUUCCUCAAUCGGAAGGGGAAAUGGAUCCCGCCGGUUUUAGAUCAUGCAUCCAGUUACUUUUGUCUCUGGUAGGGAUGUGAAGUUGACAUGGCGCGAACAAUAUGGCAUACUUGAGCAUCUUCAUCCCUCAGUGGCACAAGAUGGAGCGUAUCUUUCUUUUUGAUAAACCAAAAGAUGAAAAAGGGCUCCGUCCUGAGGAACUUGAAAAUGAAAUUCUUCUUAUC